AUGCAAUCAGCAAUGGAAUCCUGCCCCGCGAAAACCGUUCUAUCAGGCGGCAUGGGUUUCGGCUUCGGCGGUCUCUUCGGCCUCUUCAUGGCCUCGAUGCGCUACGACACGCCCCUCUCCGCAGGCCAACCCGGCGGCGUAGGCACAGGCGCCAUCCCCUCAAUCCCCAUGCGCGAACAACUCAAGAUCGGCUUCAAAGAUAUGGGAAAGAGUUCAUGGUCUUCGGCCAAGAAUUUCGGAUACAUUGGAGCGAUCUUCGCGGGCACGGAGUGUUGUAUUGAGGGUUUUCGGGCGAAGAAUGAUAUGGGGAAUGGUGUUGCGGCGGGAUGCUUGACGGGGGCGUUUCUGGCGAAGAAUGCUGGUCCUCAGGCUAUGGCGGUCGGGUGUGCGGGUUUUGCGGCUUUCAGUGCGGCGAUUGAUGCGUAUAUGAGGAUGGAGAGUAAUGAUGUUGCGGCGGAUCCGAUUAUAUGA